AUGCCGCCAGGUCUUACUGUGGGAAACCAGGGAGAAAGUUCUGGCCAAGCACAAGAACUGAAUGUGUACACGAGGAACUGCGAAGCAGGCAACAAAGACGAAGUUCUGGCAAUGUGGUACCAAAUCAGAAGGAAGAGGAAAGGCCGAGGUCACGGGCCAAGGACAAAUACAGAGCAGGAGCGCAGUACCAAAACAGAAUCUGAAGAGAAGUCAAAACAGACACUACCACUUAUCAAAAAGGACACAGUGGCUGGAGAAGAAGUAGGGGCCUAUUCUGACUCUAUAACUGCUUGCAGCCUCCACAGAGAGAUCAUUGCUGACUCCAUGAGCCGCCCAGGAGAUAUUAUGAUAGGGGGAACCUUUCGAGUUCAUUAUGACCGAGUCUACAAUGACAUUGAUUUCAGAAGCAGUCCCACAGAAUUCCAGUGCCAGAUGGUUUCCAUUGAGUUUUACCAGACCAUGCAGGCCUUAUUAUAUGCUGUGGAUGAGAUAAAUGCAGAUAUGGAACUCCUGCCCAACAUUACACUGGGCUUCCAGGUUUUAGACACCUGCAAUACUUUGCGGCGGACAGCACAGGGGGCUCUUUUAAUGCUGUCAGGAGGGCUGGAUAUGACCCCAAAUUUCAAUUGUUACAACAGGAGACGUCUUGCUGGUAUCAUUGGAGACUCUGCGUCCACAAGAUCCAUUCUUAUUGCUCAGAUCCUGGGCUUGUACCAAUACCCACAGAUAAGUUAUUUUUCAACCAACCCUAUUUUGAGCAACCGUGACCUGUUUCCAUCCUUUUUUCGUACCAUUCCCAGUGAUGACUUUCAGAUGAGAGGUCUGGCCCAGCUUAUCUCUUAUUUUGGCUGGUCUUGGCUGGGGAUCCUCGCCAAUGAUGAUGACUAUGGUCAGUCUGGACUUCAGAUGGUAAAAAAGGAAAUAUUAAAUGCAGGAGCUUGCAUAGCUUUUGUUGAGAAUAUAUUGACUACUACAGCUGAUAAAAAUGCUCCCUAUAUUGUCAAUGUUCUUCGAGGGUCGACAGCAAAGGUUGUGGUUGUGAUAUCCUCUGAUUCUCAUUUUGUGUUUGUGGUAGAAGAGUUGCUAAGGCAGAAUGUGACUGGAAAUAUCUGGGUAGCCAGUGAAGCUUGGGCAACCUCAGAUUUACUUACAAAGGAAAGAUUCAGCAGGGUUUUGUUGGGCACUACUGGUUUUGCAAUAUACCAUGGGCAGAUGCCGAAUUUUACAAAGUACUUCAACAAUCUCAACCCAUCUAAAGAUCUUCAUGAUCCAUUUAUAAGGGAAAUUUGGGAGCAAACAUUCUCUUGUAAGUGGGCCAGUCAGGAGAAUUUAGCAACGUGGAUGGAAAAUGCCACAACUAAAGCAUGUACAAUGAAGGAAAAGUUGGAGAACAUACUACCGGAAGAGCAGAGAUUGUCUCUUAAUGUGUACACUGCAGUUUAUGCAUUAGCAUGGGCAUUACACAAUAUGAUUCAUUGUAAGCCUGGAACUGGUCCAUUCAAACAUGGCACCUGUGCGAAUAUCUCUUCAUUUCACUCUUGGCAACUUUUUCAAUACUUGAAAAAUGUAACCUUCAAGACCCAAGAUGGAAGGCAAAUAUUUUUUGAUGACAAAGGGAACCCUCCAGCCAUAUAUGAUAUUGUGAACUGGCGAGUGAAUAGCAGAGGAACACUGGAACAGGUUGCAGUUGGGAGUUAUGACCUAAAUCGGCCUGAGCGUAAAACCUUCCAAAUAAACAGUGGUGCAAUGAUAUGGAUAGAUAAUUGUACACAGGUUCCUCUUUCGAACUGCAGCCCAAGCUGUUCAUUGGGUUUCAGAAAAGUAAUUGUCCCAGGAAAACCAAUUUGCUGCCAUGAGUGUGCCCGAUGUCCCCAAGGGCAUGUCUCAAACCAAACAGAUGCUGUGGAAUGUCAUCCAUGUUCCUGGGACACGUGGCCCAAUCUACAGCAAGACAGAUGCUUACCAAGAACUAUAGAAUUCCUUUCCUAUGGAGAAUCUUUGGGCUACAUCUUAGCAGCCAUCGCCAUCUUCUCUUCUGUUAUCCCACUCUUAAUUUGGGGACUUUUUAUUCAAUAUAAAAAAACACCAAUAGUCCGAGCCAACAACUAUUCCCUUAGCUGCCUUCUCCUGCUUUCUCUGUUUCUCUGUUUCCUUUGCUCUUUAGGCUUCAUUGGUUACCCACAACCUACACAGUGUCUUCUACGCCAGGUGGCAUUUGGGAUGGUUUUUGCUCUUUGUAUCUCCUGUGUUCUGGCCAAAACUAUUACUGUUGUCAUUGCCUUUAAUGCAACCAAACCAGGCAGCAGGUUAAGAAAGUGGACGGGAGUAAAGGUGUCCUACUGUAUCGUCAUUUUCUGUGUCUUUAUUCAGUUAUGUGUCUGUUCGCUGUGGCUGAUCAUCUCUUCUCCUUUCCCUGAACUAGACACUAACACUAAGCCAGGUUUAAUUAUUGUUAGUUGCAAUGAAGGGUCACUUACUGCUUUCUGGUGCAUGCUGGGAUAUCUUGGCGUCUUGGCCACUAUCAGUUUCAUUGUUGCCUUCCUGGCCAGGCGACUCCCUGACAGUUUUAAUGAAGCCAAAUUUAUCACAUUCAGUAUGUUGGCUUUCCUCAGUGUCUGGGUGUCCUUUAUCCCAGCCUAUCUCAGUGCACGGGGCAUGUAUACUGUGGCAAUGGAGGUCUUUGCCAUUUUAUCUUCCAGUUGGGCUGUGGUGAUCUGUAUCUUUACUCCAAAAUGUUUCAUUGUAUUGUUCAGACCUGACAUGAACUCCAGAGAACAUCUCAUGGGGAAAAGGAGAGAUCAAAAAUAAAAAGUCCAAAUUUGGGGUUUUAUUCAAUAAGCAGAGUGUUAUUACAAGUUAAAAUCAACAACAACAAACACAGCUGAUCUGAAAUAGAAGGCAAUUUGUUCUUCAUUAUGUCACUUUAAGAAGUGAGUGUAUCAAGGGAAU